AUGGACCUGAGCCUGCGAGAUGCUCUGGGAGGAGGUGGAGGGGGGGUCCCCGGGGGGGCUCCCGCUGAGGCCCUGCUGAAGAGAGACUUCAUGUCCACUCUGGAGAAAGAGCCCUAUGACGACAAGGUGGGAGAGAGUGUGGCCAAAAGUGACUACAGACCCCUGCUUGACGGGAAGGACCCAAAGUGUGGUCCUGGAAUGAUGUCCUCCUUAAUGUCCACAGGGGGGCGCCAAGACCCUCCAGGACAGACUGCCUUCAGUUCUGACUAUCUGACUGGUCCAAUGAUGGGAGGGAUGGGAGGUCAGUGGAGCCCAAACAAGCCCAAGGACAGCAGCAUGACUGACUCUUUUCUAGGCUUUUCACAGUCUGGCCUGGGUGGUACUGGACUGCCUCCUUUCCAGACAACAAUGGGACAGUCCGCUUUGGGUUCCUCAAAUCUAGAGCCUCAGAAAUCACCCGGACUUUUCGGUUCAGACCCCAAAGCUCCCACCAACACCAACAGCUCAGGAGGAGGCCUGUUCAAACCCAGCGAGCCCCUCUCCACGGGCGGGAUCGGGAUGCCGUCCACAGACCACACCACAGCUCCUGUCCUCUCUCCCAGUGGCUCUUUGGAUGACAGCAGCGCCACAUCGUCAACCUCCGAGCCCAUGAGCCCCGAGCGGUCCGGGCCGGGGGGCGAGCUGGGCAAGCAGAGACGCAGGAAGAAGAAGAAGAAGGGGCGUGACGAGGUGUACGACUUCCUGGACAGACAGGAAAACAAAGAGGACACAGGGGAGGCGGAGGAAGAUGAAGACGACGAGGAAAACUGGGAGUGGGAGAUCAGAGAGAGCGGAGGUGGGGGGCGGGUGAGGGGCAGGAAGACCAAAACUCGGGCCAGACUACCGGAGGAGUGGGGUGCGCCUCAGCAGCCGGUCUCCCCUACACCUGCAACUGUGGCUCCUUCGUGGGCUGAUCCUCUUUCUAAGUCUAGUCCUAACCCAGAACAGCCCACAGCCCCUUCACCAAUACCCACAAGCUUCAACCAUUCCCACACUGCCACAGACGCCUCUCCACGCUCUUAUGAACCAAUGUGCAUAGACAAAGAAGACAGUAAACCCAUAGCUAAUGUCAGCACAGCAGCUAACAACACUAACAAAGCUGGUCUAAGUGGGGAUGUUAAUAGUAGUUUAGCUUUAAUGACUGGAGAAAACUUGAGCCCGGUUUCCCAGACUUUCUCAUUCCUGGAUUCAGUGCUCCAGACCCCUCCUGGUUCAACCCCCGAUUCGCAGACCACCACCCCAAUGACCACCACCCCGGCGCUCGCGACUGCCCCCCUCGCCAAGACAACUCCCCCAGAAACAACCAGUGUCCCGCAGUCUGCUGUCUUCACCACUCCUAGUACCACUACCAUUGGAUCUGGCCUCAAUGUUGACGCUAAGCCCUUUGUCCCUUCAGCUGCUCUCCUGUCCUCUACCGUUACACCCGUCGGGGCACCUGCUACCGUAGCACCUGUCACCAGUGCUGCUUUUGCCCCUGCUCCUGUCGCCACCAGUGUUACCCCAUCCUUUAGCCCAGCCACCACUGCCCCUCCCUCCUUCACUCCUGCAGCCCCUCCCUCUCACCCUGCACCCUCUGCGCACCAGGAGUCCUCGUCGCCACUGCUCCCCCCACUGGAAGUGAAAAGUGACAAUAAGGACAAACAGGAUAACAUCAUGUCCAAGAUGGAGCCCCUGGAAAAGAAAGAGGAACAGCAGAAGAAAGACAACAUCCUGGAGAAAAACCAGAAGAUCUUAAAGGAGGAGGAGAAGAACGAGAAGCUGAACGCAGACAAAAACAACAAAGUCACAGAGAAGGCAGAGAAAGUGGAUAAACCCGAGAAGACCGACAAAGAUGAGAAGAAAGAAGAGGAGAAGAAAGCUGUGGAGAAGAAGGAGGAGAAGGGCAAAGGGCCAGCCAAGUCUCCCACUGGGACCAAGGCUGCACCCGGAGCUGACACCAAGAGCAAGCCUGAUGCUAAUGCAGCCAAACGGCCCUCCCCCACUACUGCGUCAGCCAAUAAAAAAAGCCCAGUUGCCAAGGCGACCACACCUACCGCCACUAAGAGACCUUCAGCAGCAGCUGCCAAGGCUGCCAAGACCCCAGAGAAUGAGAAACGUCCUCCUGUGCCAAAAGCUACUCCCACUCCUCGCGCCACAGCCAACAAAAAUGCCUCAAACGCUGCUAACAAGAAUGAGAAGAUUGAGAGCAAGACAAAUGAGGCCAAGAAACCCAAGACUACAGCUCGCCCUCGUCCUGCUUCCACUACCACUCCAGCCUCAGCUCCAGCCACUAACGGUGAUGGUACCUCUCAGCGUCGCCGGGUCAUCACCAAACCCCCGGUGCCCAAACAGACCCCCCUGGAGAAGAAACCUCCCGUUCCCCGCGCCCCCCGAACGCCUCGCCCCAUCAACGCUCCCACACCUGACCUCAAGAAUGUCCGCUCCAAGAUUGGAUCCACUGACAAUAUGAAGUACCAGCCCGGCGGAGGGAAGGGCUCCUCCACCCCGAACAACAAGACAUCUGACCCCUCCACCCCUCCCGCCAAGGCCAGAGUUCAGAUAGUGCACAAAAAGCUGGACUUCAGCCAUGUCACGUCUCGCUGUGGCUCCAAGGACAAUAUCAAACAUGUCCCUGGAGGUGGCAAUGUGCAGAUCUUGAAUAAGAAGGUUGACGUGAGUAAGGUGACCUCCAAGUGUGGCUCCAAGGACAACAUCAAACACAAACCAGGUGGUGGUGACGUGAAAAUCGAGUCCCAUAAGAUCAACGUCAAGGCCAAAUCUAAAAUUGGAUCGCUGGAUAAUGUGGGACCAGGCAAUGGACAGACCAACGGACACAAGGAUCCAAAGGCGGAGGAGAAUCUGUCUUCACCUCCAGGUGGCACCAAGGAGAAUGGGGUGAAGGAACCCACACCAACUCCUUUUGGGGGGGACGGACUGCGAGAUCCCAUAAGCUUAGACAAACGCAUCACUGAGACAAACUGAAACCCUUGUCUCAUAUAACUUGGUGAGCCACGCAUGGCGCUUGCCCAUCUGCCAACUGACGACCAAUCAGCCGACUCACUACAGCGCAGUCACCUUGAUCCCGCCCCUUUGGUCAUCUCGUCUACAAAAACCAC